AUGGAGGUCAUCAAGGAGACCUUUGCGAAAUGCAAGGCAGAAAAACGGUCUGCCCUCGUCACAUAUGUCACGGCUGGUUAUCCUACCGUCGAUGAAACUGUUGACAUUCUUCUUGGUCUUGAAAACGGUGGAGCUGAUGUAAUUGAACUUGGUCUCCCAUUCACAGAUCCAAUUGCAGAUGGCCCGACCAUUCAAAAAGCUAACACACAAGCGCUGCUGAAUGGCGUCACAAUCCCGAUGGUGUUGGACAUCGUGCGCACAGCGCGAAAGAAGGGUCUCCAAGCCCCCGUUCUCUUCAUGGGCUACUACAAUCCUUUGCUACAGUAUGGAGAAGAGCGUAUGCUCAAGGAUACCAAAGAAGCAGGCGCCAAUGGUUUCAUCAUGGUCGAUCUUCCUCCAGAGGAGGCUGUCAGGUUUCGAGAUCUUUGCACCUCCAUAGGGCUUUCGUAUGUCCCUCUCAUCGCGCCAGCUACAUCCGAAUCCCGCAUGAAGUUACUAUGCAAGAUCGCCGACUCGUUUAUCUAUGUGGUGUCGCGAAUGGGUGUCACCGGAGCUACGGGUACAUUGAGCACGGGUCUCCCUGACUUGUUGAAGCGAGUCCACCAAUACUCUGGAAAUAUUCCUGCGGCACUUGGUUUUGGCGUCAGCACACGUGAACACUUCCUUGCCGUGCAGAACGAUGCAGAAGGUGUUGUUAUUGGUAGCCAAAUCAUUAACGUUCUUGGACAGGCUGCAGAAGGCCAAAGAGCGCAGACGGUCGAGGAAUAUAUCAGCAGUGUCACGGGGCGUAAACUAGAGCGUGAUGCGCAAGGUAAAAUCGUCAAUGUGAAGACGAUUCUUGAGGUUGUUGAAAAGAAGGUUCCUGAGUCUAGUGCCGCUCAGCCUAGCACAGUUAUUACUGAUGGUGAAGCCGGUGCUGGUUCCGGGUCACAGCCUGGCUUAGCCGACCAAAUUGACGCUCUCAAUAACACAGGUGACCCUUCUGCCCUGCCGUCUCGGUUUGGGCAAUUCGGUGGACAGUAUGUACCUGAGUCACUUAUGGACUGCUUGGCGGAGUUGGAGAAGGGUUUCAAUGAGGCCAGGAAUGACCCGAAAUUCUGGGAAGAGUUCCGUUCAUACUAUCCCUACAUGGGCCGACCAAGCAAGCUCCACCUUGCUAAUCGCCUGACAGACCACGUUGGAGGCGCAAAUAUCUGGUUGAAGCGUGAAGAUCUCAACCACACCGGAAGCCACAAGAUUAACAAUGCCCUUGGUCAGAUUCUUGUUGCACGCAGGUUGGGCAAGACCAGGAUCAUCGCCGAGACGGGCGCUGGUCAGCACGGUGUUGCGACAGCCACAUGCUGUGCUAAGUUCGGCAUGAAAUGUGUUGUCUACAUGGGUGCGGAAGACGUUCGACGUCAAGCCUUGAACGUCUUCCGCAUGAGACUUCUGGGAGCUGAGGUUGUCGCGGUGGAAGCUGGUAGCAGGACACUCCGAGACGCUGUCAACGAGGCGAUGCGAGCCUGGGUCGUUGAUCUUGAUACUACCCACUACAUCAUCGGCUCUGCAAUUGGGCCUCACCCUUUCCCAACCAUAGUGCGGACGUUCCAAUCCGUGAUCGGAGACGAAACCAAACAGCAAAUGAGCGAGCUUAUCGGCAAGCUCCCUGACGCCGUUGUUGCGUGCGUUGGCGGAGGAAGUAAUGCCGUCGGCAUGUUCUACCCAUUCUCCAACGACCCCAGCGUCAAGUUACUCGGAGUGGAAGCUGGCGGUGAUGGCAUCGACACCGACCGCCAUUCUGCCACCCUGAGCGGCGGAUCGAUGGGCGUGUUGCAUGGUGUCCGUACUUAUGUUCUGCAAGACAAGAAUGGCCAGAUAUCAGAUACCCACUCCGUCUCAGCUGGUCUUGACUAUCCCGCCGUUGGCCCGGAACUCAGCAACUGGAAGGAAAGCCAGCGAGCCAAGUUCAUCGCCGCAACAGACGCCGAAGCAUUCCAGGGUUUCCGUAUGCUGUCUCAGCUAGAAGGAAUCAUCCCUGCUCUUGAGUCUUCUCAUGCUGUUUUCGGCGCCGUCGAGCUCGCCAAGACGAUGAAGAAGGGCGAGAAUAUUGUUUUGAACUUGAGCGGCAGAGGCGAUAAGGACGUGCAGAGCGUUGCUGAGGAGUUACCCCGUCUUGGUCCGAAGAUUGGCUGGGACCUGAGGUUCUAA